AUGCUUCUCCUCCAGCUGCCUCCAGAGCUUCCCCUCUACAUCCUAGACUACUUCGGCCCGGAAUUCUUCCUCCAAGACAUCUGCCGCCUGACUAUUUCGAAGAAGUGGUAUGACUUGGGCUGGAAGAUCCUCGUCGGGGAUCUCCAGCUCACCGCGACGUCCCUCGGAAUGUUCACGCGGGACGAGGCAGUUCUCAGACGGAGCCAGCCCCACAUCGCCACACUCGAGCUAUUUCUUGAAGGAUACGAGGAUCGAAGGCCAUUGUUGCCAACCGACCGUCGUGGAAUACGGCCUGAUGACACCGACGCCGUUGACGGAUGGACUGUUAAUCUAAACUCAUCUCUGGCAAAGCUGGCUGCUAUGCUGCAACGAUGCCCCGGCAUGCGGUGUCUAAAGCUCAAAGCGAGACCCGAACGCCCUGGUCUGGGUCUGCGCCGGCAGGGAUACUUGAUGGUAAAGCCUCUGGGUGACCUUCUCUCCCUCCGUCAUCUGACCAACUUUGCAUUUCGACACUGGGGGCUCUAUCCUCAGAGCCAGGCAUGCGAUCCUGGUAUACAUCUCUGUCGCUCGAUCAAUGCUUUGCUUCGGUCGUUGCGACGGCUCCAUUGCCGAAUGGAUAGCAUAUGCGAGAGUCUGCUGGAGCUCCCACCGCACGAUACGCCCCUGAACCUCGAGGAGGUUAUCAUCAACUUAAGCCUCUCCGAGCUGUCGGACGCAAUUACAUCAUACCGUUAUCCCAACCGCUGUCAGCCCAUCCCAAGUGAGACUUUCUUGCAGUUGAAAGAGGCUAUCGAGAACCAGGCAACGACACUCUUACGCCAAAUGAGCAACCCUCGGAUGGUCAGGGUUAUAUCGCACGAGGUUCCAUCUCUCGGUAUAUCCGCAUUUGACGCCAUGACGGGACAACGGGUUCGACUGGGAGAUGGUAUAGAAUGGGAUGCUGAUGGGGAAGUGGUGGACGAGAGUGACUGGGAGGACGAGACGGACCUAUUUUGACAACAACUCACCCGCCACUCCCGAGAUUGCUUUCUAGUUUUCUUCUUGUGGUAUCUGCUCCCUUCUGUUGGAUAUAAAGCUGUAACAAGCGACGACUAUGAUGAUGUACAG